UUUCUACUAGACACGCAACAUGACUCCCCCGGAGAAAUCCUACACGGCAAUGGUCCUCCACGGGCCUGAGGACUUGCGACUAGAGUCCCGAGUGCCGACCCCGCCGGGGGAAGGCGACGUCCAAGUGCAGGUUGUUGCUACCGGGCUCUGUGGGAGUGAUCUGCACUACUACCAACAUGGGAGGAACGGCGAUUUCGCCCUCCGCGCACCCCUCGUCCUCGGGCACGAGUCGUCCGGUGUCGUUGUCGCCCUCGGGCCAGGAGUCACUGGGCUCAGAGUCGGUCAACGGGUAGCGAUUGAGUGCGGUGUCUACUGUGGCAAGUGCACACUCUGCCUUGGGGGGAGGUAUAACCUCUGCCCGAGCAUGCAGUUCUGCAGCAGUGCAAAGACCUUUCCUCACCGGGACGGUACGCUCCAGGGGAGGAUGAACCAUCCUGCUCGCUUGCUGCAUCCCAUAUCGGACAACACGACUUUUGAACAAGCGGCACUCGCCGAGCCCCUCUCCGUCGUCCUCCACGCUUCGAGGCGAGCCAACUUCCAGCGAGGUCAGAGCGCGCUAGUCCUCGGCGCAGGCGCAGUAGGCCUCCUCGCAUGCGCGCUGGCGAAAGCGAACGGUGCAUCCCGAGUUCUCGUAGUGGAUAUCGACCCUUCCCGACUCGAGUUCGCCAAGGAACAGGGGUUUGCUGAUGUGACAUACACCCUUCAGCGAGGGCGAAGGCCGGCGACUCGCGAGGAAGGGCUGGACAGGGCGAGGGAGACAGCGGGGAAGCUCAAGUCCGGAACGGGCCAUUCGGAUGGGUUCGACGUAGUGUUCGAGUGCACGGGCGUCGAGCCGUGUAUCCAAGCUGGGGUGCAUUGCGCGACCACAGGCGGGAAGCUCGUCCUGGUUGGGAUGGGUACUCCGGCUGCUCUCUUCCCCCUUUCAGCCUCGGCACUGCGGGAAGUAGACGUGCUCGGCGUGUUCAGGUAUCACGAUACCUACCCCGAGGCGCUGCGGCUCAUCGGCUCGGGCGCGCUGGAGGGUAUUGAGAAGAUGGUCACGCACCGGUUUGCGCUCGAGGAUGCGGGGAAGGCGUUUGAGCUGAUUAGCAAAGGCGGGGAUGAGCAGUCGGGAAUGGUUAUAAAGGUUAUGGUUGGCAGGGACUAAGAGUGCGGGCGUGCGCCUUCCUAUGUCUGGUAACAGUGGAGGCCCUGGUACUCUACGCAGAGAAAUUGUUUCUCAGGGUUGGAUGCGAAUGCAAGUGUCAAGACCAACGCGAAUGUAGUUGUACUGUAGACUAGAACGAAGUACC